AUGGCCUUUGUUGCCAAACCACUCUCCCUCCUCCCAGUCUCUGCUACCCCACCAACCCUCGUGCACCAACACUACAUGAUGUCGGACUCCCAUCAAUUCUAUAACCUCCCGCCGGAGCUCUGGCAUGCAAUAUCAUCAUACCUGCCUAAUCGCGAUGUCAAAAGUCUCCGCCUUGUCUCGAAACGAUUUUGCAAUUCAGUGGAGCUCAGACUGCAGAGAGUGUUUUUGUCGGCGAACCCCUUGAACAUCAAGGUCUUCCGCGCGAUCGCAAAUCAUGAGGAAUUCCGACAUAAGAUUUCAGAGAUUGUUUGGGAUGACGCGCGAUUUGCCAGGGGCCCUAGUACAGAGAUUAUUCAUCCUGAGCAGGGAUUAUACUUGCCAAUCACUGAUGCAAGUGAUGAAGAGACGGAGGAGUCGUUCGAAUUGAGGCGACGUCACGCUGAAGUUCAGGGGCCACCAGACUGGGAAGUUUACGAGAGCGACUUCGACUAUGGGCACAGGGAAGACGAGGAGUUUGGAGAUUCGAUCUAUCAAUUGAGGAAUAGUGGAAAUUUCAAGGGGCAAAUUUGUCCACUUUGGUUCAAGGCUGCAUGUGUCAACAACAUUGAAUAUAUUUUCAUCCGGCGGCGCAAGCUCAACAUGACCGAGGCUUGGCAUCAGAAAUUCAAAGACGAGAAGAAACUGGGUAAGGCUGCACUCUCUAUGAGCGAGUCGUGGGCAAUUUACCGGAGUUUGCUCCGCAAACAAGCGGACGUUUUAGCUGGAAACUAUGACGAAGAGGCGUUUCUUUACGGACUUGAACGGUUCCCUGCACUGAAAAGAGUGACAGUCACCCCCGCAGCUCACGGUGUCCCGUUUGCCCCGUUAUAUAAAAGCCCCAUGAUUCGAGCAUUUCCGCAAGGAUUCAACUAUCCUAUCCCUCGCGGAUGGCCAACCUCAACCACCGAAGAGCCAGAGGAUGUGAUAACAUUUCCCUGGCAACGAGUCGAUGAAAGGCACAGAGAGAAGUACCGCGCAUUCCGCAUUGUAACGCGCGCCCUUGCACAACAGAAACACAAUGUGGUGGAACUGGUUCUAGAAGCUCGACAACUCUACACAGGGAUCAACUGCACGAUUUUUGAUGAACCUUGCGCGGAACACGAUAAUCUUCUGACAGUCUUGAAGAAACCAGGCUUCCGUCGCCUAGAUCUCUCUUUAAUGUUUGGUGGAAGAGGAUCAGCCACAGAGAACUGGAAGACAUUCCGCGACGGAAGGCUUCGCGAAACACUAGGCACAAUGACAGACCUGGAGGAAUUCACCUUCUACACGGCGGGGCUGGAUAAUUGCUAUGAGUGGAAAAACCCACCGGUUGACACCAACCCCGUGUCGUUAGAGCGUAUAUUCCCUGUCGAAAAUUGGUCUAAACUUCGUCAUUUUGCAUUAUCGCGUUUCAUAGUCAGCCAGGCUGAUCUUGUCACACUCCUUUCGAAAUUACCUGACACACUAAAGUCAGUGAAAUUGAGCUUUUUGGUAUUCGUUGACAACGGGACAUCUUGGCAUACUUUCCUUGUAGAAUUGCGCACAAAGAUCCGGGAAAAGAGUCUUUGGCCGGGUCAUCGACCAAACGUUGUUAUCGGCAAUGAGCGAACUUUUCUUCUCCUUGGAGGUGCUACUUGGCUCGGGAAGGCAGUGAACGAUUUCUUAUACGAGGGCGGCGAAAAUCCAUUCUAUGACCCUCCUCGUGUGUUAGUCAAAAAGGAACUUGGAACAACCAAGGAUGCAUUUGAUCCAUAUUGUUGA